AUGGAGCAAUUGGAGGACAGCAGGGAAACAAACUGUCUCAGAAAUGUUUUCAUUCAGGCCGACGGCAACAGUAGUUUGGGACUUCACUUAAGUAGGACACCAUGGGACCCGUAUCCUUGGAUUAGUGGUGUGACACCCGGUUCACGUGCUGAGAAGGCAGGAGUCUGUGUUGGAGAUUGCGUACUGGAGGCAAACGGAGAAGAUUUAUUGGGACUCAAAAUUGUAGAUAUUGCAAAACUAGUGAAGCAUGGAAAACUCAACCAAAGUGUUAAACCCAGCAUCAGUUUAUUAUUGUGGAACUCGGGAUUUGAGAAAAACAAUCUGAAUCCGCAGUCAUUGUCACGUUUUGCAAGCUGUCUCCAAAGCAUUGCGGGUUUGCUGGAGUGUCCGGUCUGUUUGGAGAUUAUACGGCCGCCCUCGUGGCAGUGCUGCCAUGGCCAUGUGAUAUGCUCCGGAUGUAGGGCAAAGAGCGCUAAGUGCCCCAUUUGUCGAGUUGUGCUGGGUCGUGGCCGGUGCAUUGUGGCAGACAAACUGUUUAGCUUUCUGGUUCAAACGAUUGGACGUGAUGACGGAAAACGCUCAACUAUACCAAAAUCAUCUAAUUUACAACAAAUUAGCGCACGUUUACCGUUGCUUACCCGAGACUUUCGACAUAGUAGACAGUCGGUAAAAGCGAAAGGAAAUACCUUUCCUACCAGCAGCGCCCUGUCGACGAUGACACAUCGUAUGACGAAAGCAGCUACUCAGUAUUGCUGCCCUUCUGGCCAACCGUGCGAUAAAAUGAAAAAUCAACAUGAAAUAUUAAUUCAUUUACAGAAAUCACAUCAAACGAGUGUUGUCCAGUACUAUGCUGCUCCAGGUGAUACGCUUGGCAUCAAUUUCAACGAGUCCUGCAUCACCUGUAUCGUCCUAGUGCCAGUUUGCAGUGCAGCAGAACUUGUGACCGAUGAAAACAACAACGUUCAUCCUUGCCAGGAAUCGGUACGCAGCAAUCGCGCAAAUGAAUGCCACAAAGCGGCCAGCAUAGCCGCUGGCAGUGCUACACUGUCGGUAUCGAGGGAUAAUAUUUUCUUCCUGGCUCGAUUCCGAUGCAUUGAAACCAUUAGCCACACGUUGUACUGGUUAUGGUACCUUGGUCCACCAGAAGACCUGGACCGAUUUUGUGUUAGCAUCGUGGACGAACCCGGCAUGGUCAGAUGGAGUGGGCGACCCGUUUCGCUGCUGCAAAACUGUAAAGAGGUUCUCAAAUCAAAGCAAUUCGUUCGCAUGGCCACUGGGGCGAAAGGCAUGAGAGUGACCAUUAAUGUAAAUUGA